UACACACCUGAUAUGAAAGUUUUGCUGCCCAGAAUUCCAAAAAACGCAACACGAGUGACGUCAUUCCCGCACGAGAGCUCCGAUUUCCGAGGCUAAAAAAACUCAGCAUGAGUUGACAAAUGGCCGCUCGUACUCGCUAUAAAAGCUAGUCAUCACUGUCCUGAGCACAAAUGGAUCUUGCUGUAGAAUAAUCCACCUCAAGCCCAUAUUUUAUAAACAAAAGUUUUGUCCAGGCAGGUUAAACUGACGCUUCAAGCUGUGACGUGUCAGUUAUCAUUUGGUGGGCGGGGCUUACCGGGGAGGAAUGUAAACAGCUAGCAUGCCUGUUCAGCAGCUACCAUCAGCGCAGAUCACUGAGGCGCAGUCGAUGCUGAAAAGGUCUGACUGGACGUCUGCUGACUGAAGACUCAGAAAAUCCUCAGUUCCUUUUCAAUCCCUGGAACAAAAACUAAGAGGACAGUCAUUCUUUUUUUUAUUUUUUUAGGUCUUUCAGUUCUCCAGUGUUCAUUCUUCAAGUCAAGAUUAUAGCCUGACAGGCACCUGAAACUCUGUGAAUUUUUAUUUACGGAUAAAAAGGCAGAAAAAUGCAGUUUUUUUCUGGGAGUUUCAGCAGAAUUUGGUCGCAUUGAGAUGUUCUUCACAACCCACAGAGCCUCGUCUUCCACUUAAAUCACCCUUAAGAUAGAUGUGCUGAUCUCAUGAGCAAUAAUUAAUUUCUCCUUUGAAACCUGGAAAGUGAAAGCCCGAGUCUGUCUGCAUCCAGUUUCAUCGAUUCGGCCGAUCAUGGCAGAAUCCAGCGCUCCGCCAGCCGCUCCAGCUAGCCUGCUGAUUGGACGCAGCAAAGAGGAGCCCAGUCUGAACACGGAGAGCCGCUCCAAAGAAAUGAACGACUCUGUUUUUACCGAUGGGUCCGACCGGGAGGCAAAAGUCCACAACGUCAGCAGUAAAGAACUGGAGGAGGAUGACGAGGUCACGCCCACACCGCCCGAGUCAUCGCCUAGUCUGUCGGAAAACGAGACGAUGACCAUCGCUACGACGGAGGACGAAACUCCGUCGGUCCAACUCAGACACAUAAAGACCGAAGGGGGAGCAGGAAAAGGAGCAGAGCCAGUUCCGGACCCGGAGCUGGAGGACAGCUCGUCUGGGAUGACGGCGGCGGACUCUGAUGAGCAGCGGGAAUCCUCCGACUCGGCGUCCUUCUCCAUUCCCAGCCUGGACCUCUCCGACGGCGUCCUGACCACGGGAAACUCUCUGGACAUCGAGGACGGCUUGUCGUCCACCUGCUCCGCUCCGUCCACCGAGGCUCCCAGUCUGAAAGCGGACGAGGUGCUGGAAGCGGCAGAGGGAGCUGUGGCCGCUGCUGUUGUUGCCGCCGCUGCUGUUGCUCCUGCUGCGGCUGCAGUUCCUGCGACCUCAGAGCCGGGACCCGCCAUGCCGGCUUAUUACCUGGUGAAGUGGAUCACCUGGAAGGAGAAGAAGACUCCCAUCGUCACCCAGAGCGAGAACGGACCCUGCCCCCUGCUGGCCAUCAUGAACACGCUCUUCCUGCGCUGGAAGGCCAAACUUCCUGCUCAGACGGAGGUGGUCACCACCGAGGAGCUGAUGGCUCAUCUGGGAGAGUGUGUUUUAUCAGUCACACCCAGAGAGAAGACGAAUGCCAUGGAGCUCAACUUCCAGCAGAACAUGAGCGACGCCAUGGCGGUUCUUCCGAAGCUGUCCACGGGUCUGGACGUCAACGUUCGCUUCACGGGAGUCACGGACUUUGAAUACACACCGGAGUGCAUCGUGUUCGACCUGCUGAACAUCCCGCUGUACCACGGCUGGCUGGUGGACCCACAGAGUCCAGAGAUGGUGGCUGCUGUGGGGAAGCUGAGCUACAACCAGCUGGUGGAGAAAAUCAUCGACUGCAAACACUCAGCAGACAGCAGCAGAGUCAGCGAAGGUCUGGUGGCGGAGCAGUUUCUGGAGUCGACGGCCACCCAGCUGUCGUACCACGGCCUCUGUGAGCUCAACACCACGGCGAAAGAGGGAGAGAUCUCCGUUUUCUUCAGGAACAACCACUUCAGCACCAUGAUCAAACACAAAGGCCACCUGUACCUGCUGGUGACGGAUCAGGGCUUCCUGCAGGAGGAGAGCAUGGUCUGGGAGUCUCUCCACAACGUCGAAGGAGACGGAAACUUCUGCAACUCCGACUUCAGGCUGAGCCACGCGCCGGAGCGCUCGCCGGCCGCUGCCCACCUGCCGCCCAGCAGCCAGGAGCAGCAGAGGCAGAUCGACCAGGACUACCUGGUCGCCGUUUCCCUGCAGCAGCAGCAGGAAGGCGCUCCUGGACCUCUCAGUGACUUGGAGUUGGCCCGGCAGCUGCAGCAGGAGGAGUACCAGCAGCAGCAGCAGCAGCAGCAACAGGCGGGGGCAGCACCGAUGCCGCAGCAGGUCAGAGGUCAGGGGUUGCAGCAGGCCAGAAGAAGAGAGAAGGAGUCGGACUGCGUCAUCCUAUAAUCGCUUCCUGUUUAGCGCCUGCGGCCUCUCGGAGUCUCGCGUGUCUCGCACACUGAGUUAGCUGGACGCCAAACAUGGCUGCUUUCAUCCAGCGGGUCUUUGUCCUCCUGUCGGGAAAACGUAAACAAAGGGAGUCCUUUGGACGGGACGGGUCCAGCUGAAGAACGGACCCGCCUCCAUGAAGGGCUCACCGCAGUAACCGAGGUCUUUACCUAUAAACUGUCUAACUGCUGCUCUUCGGUCGGUUUCAUUCAUUAAUGAGAAACGGAAGCUUAACUGUUGCCAAUACUUUAAACCUUCAGUCAGAUAUUUAAUUACGUCAGAUAAUUUUGACAGCAAGUGAAGCCGUACGUUUUUAUUUUAUCAUCAUUCAGACACAUUUUCUAACAGUUUGGAGGCCAGUGGUUGGUUGGUUGGUUGGUUUGUCUGAAACUUCCCCACUUAUUUACACGUCACCAAAAGUAUUCAGAACCUUUUCACAUUUUGGCACUUUAAAACCAGAAUUUCUCAAUUUUAUUGGGAUUUUCUGUGAUAGACAAAUGUUCAGAAUUAUAAAAUGAAAGUUUUAAAUAGUAAUUUUUGCCAGUUCGUCUUUACAAAGUAGCUCAAACUCAUUCAGAUUGGACUUAGAAUGACUUUGAAUAUCAGUUUUUAAGUGUUGACACAGAUGUACUUUGACUAGGCCAUCCUAAUAUGCUUUGAUCUAAACUCCCCUAGCGGCUUGCACUGCAAAAACACAAAAUCUUACCAAGUAUUUUUGAUAUAAAUUCUAGUGCGAAUAUCUUAGUACACUUAAAAUAAAGAAAAAAACAACUUAAAAGUGUUUUUUCAACAAGAUAUAACAGCUGAUUUCAAGUCCAUAAUUCAUUAGUAUUGAUAAGAAAAAGUACUAGUUAAACAGGCAGGUGAUUUCACUGUAAAAAAGACAUUUUUACCAUUUUAUAAGUAAAAUAAUUUGCUGAUGAAACUGGUAAAUUCGCACCUCUUCGUGUUGAUCUGUUGGAUAAAAUCCCAUUAAUUCACUGCAAAAACACAAAACCCUUUUGGCCUAGUUACGUGUGUAAAAAUCUCAGUAAACUUUAAAUAUGACAAAACUAACUUAGAUGCAACUUUUCAGCAAGAUAUUGGUAAUAAUAUUUACUUUUUCAAAAAGCACAAGAUACACUUGGAAAUUAUUUCAAGACAUUUUUUAAAAUCAAUAUUAAGGAAUAAUUCACUUAAAACAAGCUGAAAAGGUACUGGUAAAUUGGUUUUGACUUAUUUUAACUUGGUCUAUAAACUUGACCAAACUUAAAUGGUAAGAUUUUGUGUUUUUGCAGUGCAUACAGUAAAGUUUGUGGUUUUAACUUGAUAAAAUGAAAAAACCUCAAAGUGUACUGCUAUAUUUCCAAGCUACCACUGGAAUAAUUAAUUUACUUCAGUUUUUUAAACGUUGAUAGAAACUUACCAAAGAAAUGGUGAAUCUUGGCCCUUUUCCAUCUGAAUAAUGUUAAUCACCUCUGAUAUGUUGGUUGGGAAUCGCUAAAGCUCUCUGACUGUGACUCUGCUCAGCAGCGCCCUCUAUUGGGUUAUCUUUACGGUUGUUUCCCACCAGAGAGGUGAAGUCAGACCAUUGAUGCUGACAGCCCCGAAACGUCAGCUUCCUGAAUCCUCCAUCUUGUCUUCUCUCGUCUCUGUCGUCGACUCUGUUCUCCCAGCCGUGUUGUUGUAUUGCAGAAAAUCUGAACGUUUCACAGGAUGCAUGAAAAAGUUCACUGAACUGUUUUAUUAUGAGCUCCAGAAUAUGAAGCUGGUCUCGUUUAAUAGAAGGUGACCCAAAACGUUACGUAACAACCUCAGUCUGUACUGACAGGCUUCAUUUCCCUCUCCCUGUUUGGUUCCUGAAGCAUCAGAACCAAAGCUGGGGUUCUGAAGCAGGAGGUCUUACUCUGACUCGUUUUAUUCCGUUUAAAUGACAGAAACUCUAACACUGCAAAAACACUGAAUCUUACCAAGUAUUUUUGGCCUGGUUUUUAGAGCAAAUAUUUUAAAACACUUGAAAUAAGACAAAACUAACUUACAAGUAAGUUUGCAGUAAGAUAUUUUCUAAAUAUUGCUAAAAAAGAGAAGAUUUUUUUUCACUUUUUUCACAUUACAUAGCAACACCAGCCAAGGCCAGCCCGUCGCCUAGCAACCAGCUCGAGUUCCACUGGCAGAUUAUUUCACUUACAAAAUGGGAAAAAUGUCUUGCUGAAACACUUUAUUUCAGGAAUACGAAGAUAUUUGAACUAGAAACUAGGCCAAAAUUUAGUUUUUGAAGUGACUUUAGUGUCAUAGAGGAAAAAAAGCUGUAAAGUUCACAAACGUAAUAUUUUUCACCACAAAAAAGUAAAGUCUUACCAAGUGUUUUCGGUCUAGUUUUUAGCUCAAAUGUCUUAGUUUUGUCUUAUUUUAAGUGAACUUACUUACAAGUAACAUUUUCGGCAAGAUGGUCGCUUGUUUUAAGUAAAUAAUUCCUUCAUAUUUAUUAAAACAUGUUGGUUCAACUGGCAGAUUAUUAGAAUUAAACCAAAUAAUUUACAUGAAACAAGCUUCUAUUUCUUGCAGAAAAAAAUAUUGUAAGUUGGUUUUGUCUUGUUUCAAGUGUACUAAGAUAUUUCCAAUAAAAACUCGACUAAAAAUACCGUUUUUGAUUUUGUUUUUGCAGUGAAAAUUCUCACUUUAGUGUCAUAAAUGAGAAAGAAAUCCUGUUUAAUCCACAAUCAUGACAUUUUUGUGUUUGUUUUGUUGCCAAAAUCCAGAUUCCUGCAGCUCUGAUUCCAGCUGGAAGCCCAAAGAUUUGGAUCUUAGAUGUGGAGGAUCUUAUAAAAGCUUAGACAGAAGAAGAUUUUUUUUAGAAACUGGAAACGUAUUUGUUGUUUACUGGUUUGGUAAAUCUGGUCCAAACAAACCGGUGGAUGUCAGAUGAGCUCUGAUUUUGUUCUUUGCACUAAAAAAACUGUUUCCGUUACCAAACCUGCUCCGGGAAAAGAUCGAUCCGUUAAUCGCUUGUUGAUGCAGACGAACGUGAACGUGAGGUCCAACCAAAGCUGGUGUAAACUCUGGUUUCCUCAUCAGAAACAACCUGGGUUUGAUCAGUUUCUCACCUCCAGGUUCAUCUCCGUAAUUUAGAGUCUCACUGAAAACUAAACGUAUUUCAGUAAUUCAGUUUAAAAAGAGAGAAACAAAAACCGAAGAAUUGUCUACUGAAAAGGACAAGCAUUUACUCGCUGAUGUUUUCUUUUUUAACCACAGUUUUCUUCCUUCCACUUAACUUUCUGCUUGGGUACAGAACUCAUCUUGUUAGGCUAUGAACUUUCAUGGCUUACUUUUCAAAACUUGAUCACCCAAACACACCAAUUUGAUAUUUAAAAGUUAGAUUUUAUUUAUCUUGAGUAUAUAGUAUUAUGAAUCAGUCUGUAAAUAUUGUGUCUAUAUAUAAGUUUUGCUUUUUCAGCUGAAUUAUUGACAGUCUUAGACCAUUUUCAGCCUUAUUUGUGUCAGUAAACAUAAUUAUGACUACUCGGAGUAAAACAAAACGAUAAGAAGUAUUAAAUCUGAAAAUCUAGAAUCUUCUAUGAAUUCAAUAAUGUGAUUUCCACAUUGAGUCAAAGGAUUUUCACUUCAACUUGAGCCUUUCCGUGUUUGUUGAAGUGAAAAAUAAUGAACUGAUAAUAAUGAACUUCUGUGGGUUCUGCUUAAAUCUUAAGAAAAUUUUCCAGAGAUGAUUUAAACCUCGACUGCAUUCGCUAAACCUUAAUUUACUUUAGUUUUAUAUUUUUGUUUGAACCGUAGCGACAUCAUGAAGCCUUCAUUCACAAGGUCAGAACCUCCAUCAACUCUGUUUGUACUGCAAAAACACAAUUUUUUACAGUAUUUUGGUUCAGUUUCUGGUGAAAAUAUCUUAGUAUCCUUGAAAUAAGUCAAAACUAACUUAUAAAAACUUUUCAGCAAGAAAUAGGAGCUUGUUUUAGGUUAAUAAUUCAUGAAUAUUUAUCAGAAAGUUCUGGUGUUUUACUUGUUAUAAGUGAGAAAAUCUGCCAGUGGAACUAGAACUGGUUGCUAGGUAACGGGCUGGGGUUGCUAGGUAACGGCGCCCUGCCUCUUGGUAAAUGAAACAUUUUUUACUUAGUAAAAACAAGCUUCUGUAUGUUGCUGAAAAGUUACCUGUAAGUUAGUUGUCUUGUUUCAAAUGUUCUAAAGUAUUAAAACUGUAAAUUAAACCAGAAAUACUUGAUAGUAUUUUGUUUUUUGUGACUUUUUACUGCGACUGUUCAAUGGCUUCCAGCUGAAAUAUUUAAUAUUUCCAAGCUGUGAUAUGAAACGUGGAGUAAAGUCCCAAUGAAACUUUCUGAGCUCCGUUAUUUCUGUACUUUAUUUCAACUUCUGAUUAAAAAGCUCUAAAUAAAUUCUAUAUUCCCAGUAACGCUGCGUGGUUUUAGGUUUUGGGAAAGUUGAGGAAUCUGGUUUUCUUCUCUCCAGUUGUUUCCUCCUGAAGAGUCGAUGUUGUAGUUCCAGAACUGGGCGGCCCAAAUCACAGUGCCAUGUUUGUUUUGGUGACUUCUGAGAACCAGUCUGUGCUUUCCUGUUUGUAUGUCUCCUUCCUUCAUGAUAUUUUAACCGUUUAACUGCUGUCACUACGGUAAUGGUCUGUUUGAUUUGCCAUUUUGUCAAACUGUCAAUAAAAUCUGAAUCAAUGUAAA